AUGAGCUUUGAAGCCACAGCAAUCACUUUCUCCAUCAUCCUUCUAAUUUGCUUCAUUUGCAUCUUCCUUUUACUGGUGGUUUUUUUAUAUAAAUGUUUCCAAACCAAGAAAGAUGAGGAGACAGAAAAAAGACUCUGUAUAGGUGCUAAUGGAGGUAAAAAUUGUUCAGCUGCCAAUUCCGGAGACCAAGAAAAGACUUUCCUAAUGCAAGUCAUGGGUGUGAACACACCUGUGAGGCCUGGUAUUCUUGUCCAGAGACAGAGUAAAGAAGUGGUGGCCACACCCUUAGAAAACAAAGAGGACGUGGAGAAUGAAGAGGAGAACAAGACAAAAGGGGCACAGAUGCCUGAGAAUGGUGGAGAAAAUGGUCAAAAGGAGGAUUAUAAUUUGGAAAAACCACCCAUACCUGUCACUGAAAUGCCUUCAGUUGUUGAAAAACACAGAAGACCUUUAAAAGGAGUGACAUUUUCAAGGGAGGUAAUUGUUGUAGACCUUGGGAAGGAAUACCCUACCCCUCAAAGCUAUACUCGAAAACAUAAAGAGAGAAAAUGAAACUCAAAAAGGCUGAGAGUGAAAGAAACGCAACCUUAGACUAACAAUGAAAUGACUGCAGAUACAAAAUCAUGUUGAAACAGCAAAAUAAUGGGGAAUUAAACAAAUACAGGUAACGUUUCACCUUCAUGCAGUAAGAAAUGGGCUACAUGUGAAAUUCUGUAAGUAGAAUACCCAGAACUUGAA